CCAAUGCCCGCCUCAAGAACAUCAUUCAGACCACACACUCUCUGUCUACCAAGUUACCAUGAUUCGAUCUGAAGCGCGCUCAGUCGCGAAAAGAAAACGAGUUGAUCAUCGGAAAACACAAUUUGCACAUGCAUCUUUCAAAGAACAGGGCUAUCCAUAUCGCCUGUCGUUCUAUGAUGUCCCGCCCACCCAGGAAAUCAGUCUGGAAGACUUUGAGAUAUGGGCCAUCGACAGACUCAGAAUUCUGGCCGAGAUCGAGGCCUGCUCUUUUCGAGCCAAAUCCCCUCAAGAAACCGCCGCUCACCUCGAACCAUUACUGAAAAAAUACCUUCCACUCUCGUCAAAUUCGGCUGCCCCUGGUGGCAUCGUCGAUGAACGCUUAAAGUUGGAACGGAAGAAAGACCACUACUCACAUUAUAUUCUUCGACUAGCCUUCUCUGGCACUGAAGACCUCCGUCGACGGUUUUCCCGGGUCGAAACAAUGCUGUUUAAACUUCGCUUUCAAGCAGACGACAGCAGAGAGCGACGGGCCUUUGUGGACAGUCUCAAUCUCAAUUGGGAACUGGUACAGGAGGAUGAAAAGCGUGAGCUCGCCGAACAGUUACUCUCCUCUACCCCAGGGGUACGGCGAAUUGAAGACGAGAAUUGGUUCAAGGUAGACUGGACUCGAGUUCCCGAACUGGUUGAGCACCGCAGCGUCUUUGUCAGAAAGGGCAAGGCCUAUGUACCAAUGCGUGAACAAACAAGCAUGGUCCUGACCGAAUUCACCAACCGUCUUGACAAAGGGUUGGAACUCACCUCUCGAGCUCUACCCCGACUAGACGAAGAUGAUCGUCUCACACCUAUUCUCAACCAUCUAUCGAAGAAUUUCGCCACCCCUGAUGCUGGCUUCAACGAAUCAGAAUCGUCUCUACCCGGAGCGCCCAUCAACGCCGCCAACAUCGACAACCUCUCUCAACAUUUCCCUCUCUGCAUGAAACAUCUCCAUAACACCCUCCGCAAGAACAACCACCUCAAACACUUCGGACGACUGCAAUACACAUUAUUCCUCAAGGGUAUCAACCUCUCUCUUGAAGAUUGUCUCCUUUUCUGGCGACAGAGCUUCAAACUCAUCACUGAUGACCAAUUCAACAAGGAAUACCGAUACAACGUAAGGCACGUGUACGGCGACGUCGGUGGUGACGCCAAUCGGCGUGGACGAGGCUACCCGCCCUAUUCCUGCCAGAAGAUUCUCAGCGAACAUCCUCCCGGCACCGGUGAAGCACAUGGAUGUCCUUACCGACAUUUCAGUGUGGACAAUCUCACCUCGAUGCUACAGGCGACAGGCGUCAAUGACCGCGAUGUACUACGCGGGGUCAAGGAAGACGUGGAAAAGCAGAGAUUUCACAUUGCCUGUAAUCGUGUCUUUGACUGGGCACACAAGACCGAAAUCAAAAAGGUCAAGGAUGAAGGUAUCUGGGGCCCUGCCGAGUUGGAGACCAUCUUUCACCCAAACACCUACUUCAAGAGGUCAUACCUCCUGAAGAAUCUCUCAAAUGCGAAUGCGAAUCUGCCAAGGCAAGACGUCAAGAUGGAAGAGUAAUUCCACUCGUCUGUGGAGUUCCUUGCGUUCAUACCCAUGCGAGAGGCUACAUUGGAAAGGAGUUUAUGAAAGGCAUCAAGUUUUAGCGUAGGAACAGUGUACAAGUCGGCGUCGGUGCGGACGGGGGUCGUCAUCCUUAGUAUAGGUACUUGUCACGAUACGGGUCAACUCACAAGAAUGGAUAGGUUUCCACAUUUGGAUAU